GAUUUCGUGAACCAUGGUUUAGGACUGAUUAUGAGUGAAACCAAUGACCGACACAUUGUCCAAAAUCGUAAUUCCCAGAAUCCUGAAGAAAAUAUACGAGCAUUCAAAUAUUUCUGCAUUGAAAUUGAUCUAUGAAAUGAAAAAAAAAAAGGAUUUGAAUCAAAGGAGGCAGUUGGAGUAGAAAAAACGAAGAUUAAAGAAUUUUAUACACCGGUAAAAACGAUUGAUUUUGUCAGGAAUAAGAAAUUUAUAAAACAUUAAAUAUAGGUAAUUAUUAUUAAAGGAUAUUUUAAGAUAGUACCAAUUAUGACUAACAGUGAUGCCUUUAAAUUGUCUUCCAAUGUUCCAUCCGAUUACAAAGAAAUUAUCUCUGAUACCUUAUGUAAAAUGGAAGAGCACAUCGAAGGCAGAGGUCCAAGGUACCAGUGGAGUUUAAAUGAUUUUGAAAUUGGAUCACCUUUGGGCCGUGGGAAAUUUGGACGAGUGUAUUUGGCAAGGGAGAAAACCACUCGAUACAUGGUAGCUUUGAAAACUUUGUACAAAGUAGAAUUAAUGAAGGGACGUGUUGAAAAGCAAGUAAUGCGUGAAAUCGAAAUUCAGACACAUUUGAGGCAUCCUCAUAUUCUUCAAAUGCUGACAUAUUUUCAUGACCACAAACGUAUUUACCUUGUACUAGAAUUUGCAGCUGGAGGAGAGCUUUAUAAGGAAUUGAAACGGCAACCAAAUGAAAGAUUUAACGAACAUUUGUCUGCAAAGUAUACGUAUCAAGUUGCAGAUGCUUUGGAAUAUUGCCAUAAGAAUAAUGUAAUUCACCGAGAUAUAAAACCGGAGAAUUUAUUACUUACAUACGAAGGUGAUGUAAAAUUAGCAGAUUUUGGGUGGUCUGUUCAUGCACCGUCAUCUAAGAGGAAUACAUUAUGCGGAACAUUAGAUUAUUUGCCACCAGAAAUGGUAACUGGACAAACGUACGACAUAUAUGUCGAUCAUUGGUGUUUAGGUAUCCUUUGUUACGAAUUUCUCGUCGGUAGGCCACCUUUUCUUAGCGAUUCACAGCAAGAAACUUAUGUUAAAAUAAAAACAAUAAAUAUACAGUGGCCAGAACAAAUUACGCCUGGAGCUAAAGACCUUAUAUCAAAGUUAAUUAAAAGGAAAAGUUCAGAAAGAAUUUCUAUGGCUGCUGUGAAAAAGCAUUUUUGGAUUCUAAAAUAUAAGAAUGCCGCAUGUUGACGUAAACUACAUAUAUGUAUCAAGACACGACCGUUAAAGAUACGAUGUUAUUUGUAUUGUAUAAAAUAAAAUAAUUUAUCUAGUAAGAA